GGAGUGAUUACCAUGCAAAUGUUUUGAUUUGUUUAAUAAUCUAUUUUUUUAUUACUUCUGGCUUGAAUGGUUUCACACCCACUUUGCGAUCAACAAUGCGUGUGUGUGUAACUUUAAAUGCUGUGGAAUAAGUGGGUCAGCGAGAGAAGGGGAGAAGCGUGUGUUAGAGAGGAGAGGCACACUGGGAGAGGGGGAGACACGCAUGGAGAGAAAUCCUCUGCAGGCUUUGAACUACACUAACAAGUGGUCACUUGAGUAAUCACUGGUGAUUCAGAGAGAAAUAGACAUUCCCAGUAAUGGCGAGCCUUCCAAAAGAACCGCUCGAGGAUGCCAAGAAACAGAGCUUCUGGAUGCCAAGCAAUUAUGUACGAACAGUGCACCGAACUGACCAGUCCUUCCAGGCCUGCAACGAUAUAAUGGCCUGCUUCAUGGAGAGAGCAAAGGUAGAAAAGCAGUACGCUCAGCAGCUCAGCCAAUGGAGCAGCAAGUGGAAGUCCAUAGUGGAUUCCAGACCGCUUUAUGGUUCCCUCAUGAAGGCGUGGCAGUGUUUCUUCACUUCCACCGAGCGUUUGUCCGCCCUCCACUCUUCCAUUUCCCAGUCGCUGGUUGCAGAAGAAGGAGAGCGGGUGAAGACUUGGCAGAAAGAUACCUUCCCCAAGAAACUCUUCUGUGGGUUCAAGGAGAGCUAUGACAACAACACAAGUUUUUCACGUGCGCAGAAACCCUGGUCCAAAAAGCUGCAGAAGUUGGAAAACGUCAGAGUUGCUUACCAUAAGUCCUGUCAGAAGGAGAAUGUCGCUCUCAACAAAGAGAAGCAAGCAAACGAGAACGCUGAGAUGAGUGAAGAGAAAAAGCAGAAGAUCAUUGAAGCCAGGGAGAAAGCAACUGAGGAGAAGGAAAAGAUUAGAGAUCGAUAUGAAAAAAUGCUGGAGGAUGUGACGUCCUACACGCCUCACUACAUGGAAGAGAUGGAUGCCAUUUUUGAGCAGUCACAAGAGGAAGAGAGGAAAAGGAUCAGCUUUUUGAAGCAGGCCUUUCUCUCCAUCCACAGACAUCUGGACAUCACCAACAAUGAGAGUGUGAAGGCGGUUUACAGCGAGCUCCAUCAUACUCUGAUGUCCAUCGACGACCAAGAAGAUCUCAAAUGGUGGAAGAACAAUCAUGGUCCUGGUAUGCCGACCGACUGGCCAAAGAUUGAGGAAUGGGUCCCGCCAGUAAAAAAGCUAAAAAGAAAGAAGAGAGAUCGCAAAGGAAAAGAAGGCCGACCCGUGAUGAUUGGAGGUGUGAAGGUGCGAGCUCUGUACGACUACGCGGGGGAGGAGGGGGAUGAGCUGUCCUUUAAAGCAGGUGAAGUCUUUCUGAAGGUUGAGGAGGAAGACGAUCAAGGCUGGUGUCGAGGGGUCCUGAGCGGCGGGAAAGAGGGCUUCUACCCAGCCAAUUAUGUUGAAGUUGUUGAGUGAUAUCACAAUGUCCAUCUAAUUCAGAUAUGAACUUUUUCCUGAAAAAUAACGCGUUUUUUCUUUGUUUUUCUUUUUCAAUCAUUAUUGAAAUAUAAUUCAACAUUUAAGAUGUCGUCACACUGAUUUUGUGUUAAUGUCAGACGUUAUCUGCUUCCGGUCACUUUUGAAGUGUAAAGCUUAAAAGCACAAAUAAUCUUAAUCUUACUUUGAGUUAUUCUACAUAAUGAUUUAACUUAACAAAGACAACAGUAUACUUUUUGCUAAAGGUUUAUAUAUAUAUAUACAGUAUAUAUAUAUAUAUAUAUAUAUAUAUAUAUAUAUAUAUAUAUAUAUAUAUAUAUAUAUAUAUAUAUAUAUAUAUAUAUAUAUAUAUAUAUAUAUAUAUAUAUAUACAUACAGACACACAGGAGUGUGUGUUUGCAUGCAGGUGUGCAUGUGAAGAUGAAACAAAAGAGAUUUAUAUUUGCUACCACCACAUCUGAGUCAUUAGGUCACUUUGAUGAAGAUGAAGCCAUUAAUAAUAGAUGGGGUUUACUCAGGCUCAGGUUUACAAUGCUGUUAUGUGCAAGGUUAAUGUUUACUUCAUGGAUACAACGUAGAAGCUAACAGAAAUGACCUCAAAGAGAUGAAUUUCAAAAUAUCAUUAUUUUUGCCUCAUGUCAUGUUAACACAUGAUUGUUGCUUGUUCCUCCACUUAAGCGCUGCUGCUCAGAAUGAUGAAUGUUUGUGCGGAUGUCGAUGCCAGAAGGCUUUCUUUCUCUUUUUUUUUUUUACAUCAUCUGCUGAAGAGGUCAAACAUACCUGAAGUCAUCUAAAAUAUGAAGACAUACAAAGCCAGCAUUUCAUACAAGUGUAAUAAAGGACGUUUAAAUCUUCUAUGGACACAUACUGAAAAAUUAUGUUUAAAUGAAGCAGAAGAUGUUUGUGCUUUUACAGACUUUUGGGAAUAUUUGAUGAGAUUCUAACUUUAAAAUGUUUAAACACAUACUUAACCUUUUUAGCUAUUUCAGUUGUAAAUUACAACUCCGAGCUGUGGACAAUAGUCAUAUAUUGUGAUGGUUGUGAGAUUACAAUGAAAUCAGAAACCUUCUUACGGGCAAAUAACAGAUAAUUAAAAUUUUGAGAAAACACUGCAUCAGAGCAGAAAAACAAUACGGUAAUUAAGGAUCAAAUUGACAAUUGUCUUUUCCACCUCAGAACUAUAAUGUUACACUUGGGAAGAAAGAGAAACAUUUAAUUAAUUCUGUUAAAUUUUCUUCAUAUACAUUCACAUCUAGAGUAGCAUUAGUGCUUCAGUCUAGCAAAACAUAAGUGCUUUCUGGUAACCUAACUAGCUAAACCAGAUCUGGUACCCUCUCAUACAUUCUGUGGCAUUUCCACUGGUACAGAACGUACCGAGCCAGACAUAGAAGGGCAGAGGUGGACUUUUAGGAGAAUACGUAUAGAAGAGCAUUCAAGACAGCCGAUUCAAAACAGAAGAGAUGGCUACAGAAAUACUAUUGAUAUCUUGGCAAGGGCAAGGGUUAAUAGCAGGGUUUUACAGCAAAACUGUAUUUUUACCAGCCUUCUGAUGCCACAGAACACAGUUUUGGAUGUCUUUUGUUUAUACUGGUGUGAUCGUCUGUCCAUCUAUGUCACAUGCUGUGUUUCUCUGAUUGGUUGUAUGUGUCCAUGAGCAUCCAGAGAAACUCUCGUCGUUGUUCGUAGUAAAUCAAUGUCAAAUUCCAGACUUAUCAAAGACGGGGAAAAGUAGAGCAACUAGACAGGCUAGGUUUCUAGGGAAUAGUCAGAAUGGGAUGUUAUUUUACUUUAAUUCUUUGUGAUAGAAAGAAAGAAAGAAAGAAAGAAAGAAAGAAAGAAAGAAAGAAAGAAAGAAAGAAAGAAAGAAAGAAAGAAAGAAAGAAAGAAAGAAAGAAAGAAAGAAAGAAAGAAAGAAAGAAAGAAAGAAAGAAAGAAAAGAACCAUUUGGGAUCUUAAAUAUUUUGCUUCUAUAAUGAAUUACCAACUUUGCCAAAUGUAGAUGUAACCUUGAAGGUUUGAAAGGUAAAAGUACACAUAUCUGUCAUAUGUGGGUUAAAAGCUUGCAGUACCGGACUACCAAGACACUACAUAUAAUUCUCUUAAGUGAUUUUUCUUUUUUGAUUAAAAACUGUCUGCAAAA